AUGACCAGUAUCUGCCAGGUUUGCAACUUGCUGGCCAACCCAGGCACGCGGCACUGCAAGCUGUGCAAUAAGUGCGUCGGCGGCUACGACCACCACUGUCGCUGGAUGAACACGUGCAUUGGCGACGCCAACUACGGCCUGUUCAUGGCAUUUGUGGCCGCAGCUCUGCUGUACAUCACUGUCAUGCUG